AUGUCAACACCUGUGUCCCAAGGUCGAUCUUUGCGUGUUUCUCGGUACUCUGAAAGGUUGGAGGGUGCUGGUUGCUCCUCACGUGGUCACACUCAGGUUGUCGAUCAGAGGUGUCGCCAUGAAUAUGAUCCCUACCUUGAAAUUCGCAAAGCAAGAGAACGUCUGUGCCUAUAUAAAUCGAAAGGUGAUUAUGCUCCUGAUGACUUUCUUAGCAUGGAAUCUGAUAGAGACUUGCAGCGAUAUGAAGAAAAGCUGAAACGUAGAUAUUCCGAACAGGGAAAUUUUACUGGAGAAAUUGAGCUGGAGCGGCGGAAGUCAGAACUCCUUCGACGUCAGCGUGACAUUGAUGUGGGGAAGACGACUGCGAAGUAUGCGGAGUACAUCUUGAAGGUACCUAAGCCUGAACGUGAGAAGCAUCAUCCUCGAACCCCCAAUAAGUUUCGUAUCGUCUCGCGCCGUGGCUGGGACGGCAUGAUUAAAAAGUGGCGAAGGGAUAUACACAACUAUGAAAAUCUCAACUCUGAUGAUACCUGGCAUUCUCUCGCGUCGGACGUGUCAGUGUCUUCAAACUCGCGUUCUCCAUCGCCAAGUCACAAGGUUGAGGAGGGAUCGUCACAUGUUACAAAUCCGGAUGAAGGAGGAGCUGAGGCAACCGUUUCGAAGGAACGUCAACAGUUACCUGAAUCUGAAACUGACGAAGACACCUUGCAAGGAGGAAAGAAACGAAUGCAAAGUGCUUUAUCAGCUGCUGGUGCAACUGAUGAGGAAACUUUGAACGACGAUGACGUCAAGUGGAAUCUUCGAGGACGCAAAGUCCUGGUAGCGACGAACGAGAACGUUCCGCCACCGGACGUCAUUCACUCGGGUCUAACAAACGAUUUAACUGCCCUGGAUGUGAGGCGUGAUGAAUUAAAAGCUUCAUCGGCGCCAGCUUCAUCUGUCAUAUACCGUUCCAUCGUCACGAAACGACGCACCCAGGCUAGUCUAGUACGUGAAUACUCGGGUCUGAAGCAGAAAAAGUUAUUAUGCUUUAAUGUUGAUCCACGACUCAGCGACUAUCCUCCAAUGAAGUAUUAG